AGGAGUCCUCUCAUCCCAGAUUCCGCACUUGGCCUGCUCUGUGUACCAUAUAACACUGAAAGACUUGCCAGCCAUGGUCAGACUUUGGUGGAAUAGCUGUGAGAAACGUGUCUUCAAUGUUGUAGAUAAGUUUACAAGCAAAUAUGUCAGCAGCGUGCUUUCUUCACAGGAAAUAUCUUCUGUUCAGACUAGCACACAGUUAUUUAAUGGCAUGGCGGUAAAAGCUCGGUCUGCGGCACGGGAAGUCAUUGCUACCUAUUCAGUUGAUGACAUAUUUAUUGAACUAAUAAUACAGCUUCCAUCAAAUUACCCACUGGGAUCCAUAACAGUUGAGAGUGGAAAGAGGGUUGGUGUGGCUGUACAACAAUGGCGCAAUUGGAUGCUACAGUUAAGCACGUAUCUUACACAUCAGAAUGGAAGUAUUAUGGAAGGCUUAUCUUUGUGGAAAAAUAAUGUGGAUAAACGUUUUGAGGGCGUUGAAGAUUGCAUGAUCUGUUUUUCAGUCAUUCAUGGUUCCAACUAUUCUCUUCCCAAAAAAGCUUGCAGAACAUGCAAGAAGAAGUUUCAUUCGGCUUGCCUGUACAAAUGGUUCACAUCCAGCAACAAAUCCACCUGUCCACUCUGUCGAGAGACAUUUUUCUGAAACAAAACGGUCUUUCUUCUUUCUGUGAGCUAAGUAAUAAAUGAAGAGGAGGCAAUGAAAACUGUAUGUUGAAAGAAGCUAACCUGGAAUAAUGUCAGUUGCUUUAAAUUCUUGACUAGUGGGAUAUGACACAUAUUUACCUCUGGACUGUUUUUUGUAAGUUUGAAGAUUCUUCUUUGAUAUAAAGAAAUAUAUAAGAAUAAUUUAUUUUAAUUUGUAUAUUUUUAAGGUAUUGAGAUAUGUUAAAAAUUCAGAAAUAAUGCAGUUAUGUCUGAAAAGUGGUGCUUAAGCCACAGCAUAGUUGAUUAAAACCUCUUAUUUUAGAUAUAUUCUAACAUGGUGUUAGGUACUUAACCCAGAUUAUGCCUCUUAGAAUGUAACAUAGGUAGUAUAAAGACUUGAUUUUUGAUUAUAGUGCAUUCGUAAUAGUUCCUCUUAUGGGGAAAAAAGAAUGUUAUUGCUGUUAGACAUUAAGGCAUGGAACUAGGGUGACAACCUUUUGUUAAAGCAUAAAAUUUAAACAUAGCACGCUCUAAAUUAACAUGUUCACCUUUAACAGUCUCAUUUUCUCAAAAAAACUCAGCCAUCCAGCACCCUAAAAACAUGAAAACU